AAAACAGUGCUUGCGCGCUUUUUAAAAAUAUCGGUUUCUGUUUUUGAUCAUUGUGUUUGCAGAAAAUCAAUCGGGUUUUUUUACGAAUUAAAAUGCAUAUUUAAGACCAUCAAUUAUGAAUGACGUUUGAGAGCAAGUGGAUUUUCAAUUGAYAUAUCGCUAGGAAACUGAAGAACAUUUGCAUUUCACUUCUGUGGCAAUUCUAUUUUCAUCCGAGUAGAAGUACCAAGAAGGAAUAAGCCGGAAAACUUCACGUCGUCGCUUCGGCAGCCGCAAGGCAAGGAAUUCAACGGUCAUACUCUACCGAAGAAGCGAAUAGAAGACAACUUUUAGCGCCGAAAAUGAGUCUUCUUCGAGCGACAGCUCUGCUUUUGGUGGCAGCGCUCGUAGAAAUGGCUUCCGGCACCAACCAAACAGCGAAUAACACAGUUAAAUGUCCUAUCAAGCCACCAUGUCCAGCUACAAUUCCAAUAAGCUGGUGGCCAACACCGCCAUACAUUUACAAGGGCAAAGACAAUAAUCAGGUGCAAGGCAUCUUCCCUAAGGUACUGGACAAACUAUUCAAAGACUGUUGYGGGGCUUGUGUAAACCUCAGUUACAGUGCGACACCUUUCAACGACUCCGAAGAGGUCAAGAAGAAUGUUGGAAAUAACGGCACUCUUGUCAGCUUGACAGUGUAUGGUGAUAUGAAAGAAGUGCGGUUUCAGAACUAUCCGUUCUACCCUGUGGUAGAAUCUCCUGGUGUAGUCUUUAUCGUCAAGAAAGAGGAUUCUUCUGCUGCAGCUACUGCCGUCAUGCAGGCUGUCUUUCAGGGAUGGCCAGUACUACUAUUAACUUUGAUCAUGGCAGCACUUUCUGGCAUUAUCAUUUGGGCACUGGACACCUACUGGAACCCUGAGGAGUUUCCUCGUUCUUUUUUCAAGGGAACAUGGGAAGGUUUUUGGUGGGCUUUCGUAUCAAUGACGACUGUUGGUUAUGGUGAUAGGGCACCUCGUUCAGUAUUAGCCCGAACAUUUGCCUUUGUUUGGGUGUUGAUUGGACUUGUCAUCAUCUCUAUAUUCACGGCAACUGUCACAACGUCACUUACAGCUAUAUCUCUCAGUAAYGAGGUCAAACUUUAUGGAUCAGAGGUGGUUGCUUUAACUAACACUGAGGAACAGAGAUUGGGUGUGAAAAGUAAUGCAAAAGUUACAGAGGUGCCAACUGUCGAGGAACUCAAGAAUAACGUUCUAGCUGAGGGAACGAAGUUCACUGGUGCUCUUCUUGACAGUUAUGUAGCUGGAUAUUGGGCAGACGCAACUGAAAAUCCAGACGGCAGUGCAAUACUAAAAAACGAUAAUUUACGAGUUGGUACAGUCAUUGACCAUCAAUUUGCUUAUGGCUUCGUUGUCGAUGGUGUACUGAACGAUGAUACCUUAACGAAAUGCUUGCGUCAAAAACUGAACAGGAUGGAGACAGAAAUCACGGCCAUCAUCCAGGAAAAAGCCAGAACCAUGGAAGAUCCUUCUCAGAGUGCUGCUGAAGAGAAAACAAGCAACCUCUUUGAUGCCAAAUCGCCAAUUUUCCAGAAAGCCAUCUUCACCUGCCUUGGAUUAGUCGCUGCACUUACUGUUUGUGGGCUUAUUUGGGAAUUUGCUUACUGGAGGCCGCGCCAGCCAAAGGAAGCCAAAACAGAAGUCGAGCGCAUAGUGACACCAGAGACGUCAUACGAGAACCUUGUCGCCCAACAGUGUAGUGAGAUCGAAGAGGCAAUGAUGAAUGAGGUUCAACGCUUUUAUGUUGCUUGGAAUAAGAAACUCGAGGAAGUUAAACGUCGCAACUGUCAAAUGAGCGCAAGUGAUGUCAAUGUUAUGGGCAUGGGAACGGAGUCGAGAGGCUUUUAGUAACACGAAAACUUAUUUUAUAUUUACAUGUAUAACAACAAAAACACACCACAACAACUUUUGUACCCMCAAAAAGCACAUAGUAUAUCGUUAGAACUUAACCAUUGAAAAUGCACAAACACUUAAUCAUUCACGUUUUCUGGGAUUUUCAAAUCGAUGCCCCUUUGAACUAUAUUAUGUGAGAAGAAAGCAGUUCGUACAGUUCGAGUGGUGUUCACAACAACUGAGGAGGAUAGAUGUAAAUAUUAUAGAAUUGUGAAAGUUUGAAACUAAAGACUUUCUUCUGCGAAGGCAUUGACUGAAACUUGUCUUCGCGGUUUGAAGUCAAAUUUGAAAGGAAUUCAAUUCUAAGUAAACUUUAUCAUUAGUGUACCUCACACAGACUUACAUAGAUGAAAUUACCAGUAUGGCCUCGUCGCCUAAUGUUUCUAGUAACCCCAUGAAGUAUUGAUAUAAAGAAAGAUACAAAAUUAGCAAUAGUGUGAUAGAAUUCAGAAACUCGCCAGUCUAGGAUGUCCGGCCAAAAUAAAUGAAUGAAAGAUAACGAAUCAGAACAGAAUGUUUUGGGGACCGUGGAAACUAUGGCAAGGAGAAAAAUAUCAACUGAAAAUGYGUGAGUUACAGAUAAUCGACUUCGUGGUGUUUCAAUCAGACCUCUUGCAGACUAAUGCACUUUCAUGGAGUUUUAACUUGUAGUCGAUUCCUUUUAGGACGAAAUGAACUAUAAAAACACAUGAUCGAUAGCGAGAGGAGCAUUAGGUUAAUUAGAAGUUAACAUUUUUAUUAUUAAAUUAGUUCCGCGAGGAACCUGUAGUUUGCACCAAAAGCGAGGCAGAAUCGGGCAACAACCAAAAAAUACCCCCUUUUAAGCUUGUUUUUCGCUUUUCAACAUUUUGAAAAUAAUUUUUGUUGGUGAAAAUAAUUUCAUAAUUUUGACAUGCCUUGRCACUCUUAUUCAUUUGAGGGCUACAGCAAAUUAAACAUGUUGUCCACUUUUGGUUUUAAUCGCGAAAGGUGUAUUGCUCCGARCUGAAUAAUACUCAUCUGCAGAUAAAUCCCUUGUGUUGCUGCAUAAGCAAGAGGCAGUUCAGUAUAGAACAAUCACGGUCCGGACUUUUAAUUUCCAGUGCACUAUCCCGUGCCGGCAUUCGCUUCGGAAUUGCAACACAAAACAGACUAGUUUCAAGUUGAAUUAUAUAUAMAUAUAAUCUUGCACCAAGACCAUUUAGGAAUCCAUGCGUACUGUUAGUUUAAAAWAAACUUGUGAACUCAAGCCACAAAUCACUUAUAUAUAACUGGCACCUCGAACACACAGCUCCAAGCAACUGGGAACGACGCCAUAGUACUUUAUGAUUACUAAACAAUGCUAUAUACUAUAGCCUCCCAUUGUAUAUUAUCAUUAGAAUCACAUCCACUGAAUAUUUAUUUGACUCUCGCUGAAUGUUGGAAAGUCACCGCAUACUUUCUAUUUUUCCUGCCCUYCUCCGGCCCCCAUUCGCUCAAAGUAGUWCUUUAGAGAGCACACAUACCUGCUGGAUUCUGUUURAGUGCUAACAAAACUGCUUUGAGGGAGGGGGAGGGGGUAGAGAGCAUUUUCUGUUAAACUGACCUGAACGGAGCAGUUAUUCUUAACGAUCAAUUAGUAUGACCAAUGGUUGGUAUUACACCAAUAGCGCCCAUUAUGAUCUACCACUAGUCUUCAAUAACAGAGGACAUUGAAUGGAAUUUUAUCUUUAUUUUUGAAAGAUUUUAUUCCUAAAAAUUCAGUGAAUACUAUAUAAAUAAAACAAUCCUUCAACACAACCUCGUCUCCAUGGUGAUAUGAUAAUAGUAGAUUUCCUGGAAUUAGCGUGGCGAUUUAUUCUAAGACUAUAGCGAUACCAUUUCACAUACACAAAUUACUAAGCUUCUGUAUAUCUUAGAAACUAGGAAAAACCAGCGACUAUCAGUGUAAUUUCACUUGCAAAUAAUAAAAAGUAAACAUCCUUAA